AUGGCUUCGAAGAACGUUUAUGUCAUUAUAUACCCUAAUGCAGAAAUUUCUCAUACGGCAGAAGGUAUUACAUUUGUAUGCGACGAUCCACUAUGGAUAAUGAUUCCGCCACAGAUAUCGUUGCAAGAUCUGAAGAAUCUGAUUCUGAUGCAUACCGGCAUGGUGGAGAAAAAAGAAAUCACGAAGCUGACUUACAGGAUACCUGUUGCGGUGGCCAACUCGUUUGCGUAUAAAAAAAUACAGAUAAAAUUUGAUCAGCAUGUGUCGAUGAUGUUUUCUUAUCAUCGCAGCAUAGGAAGCAUCUAUUCAUUGGAGCUUAGUCUGAAUCUUCAAGAUAUUGGUGGAAGCUCAUCCAGUUCCAAUAAUGUAGAGGGUGUCAGAAAUCUGGGAGCGGCUGAUUUUGUUCCGGGUCGGGAUACCAGUAGGGCCCGUAGUCCAAGCUUUAACGCGUUUGUUACGCGGAAACAAAAUGCAGAUAUUGGUGUAGCACGCCCCUCCCCUUCUGCACUUGUUGGGUUGGAUAGGUAUCCUGAUGCUGGCAUUGCAGAAACGUCUGAGGAGGAUGAGAUUGAAGAUUUCAGCGGUGAUGAGGCAGAAGCCGUAUCGGAAACGCAGCCUCUGCAUGGCGACUUUGUUCCUCCAACACGUGUCGAACCGGUAGGUGGUGGUGUAUCCUCCAGCAUACCAGUACACUACUUGUCCUUAAAUCUUGGAGCAAUGCAUUCGAGCAACGCAGAGGACAGAUCGAGCAGCUACGCUGUGUCAGGCGAGAUGGAGCUCGAGAUUGGGUUGAAGUUUCUUAACCGGGAAACAGCGAUGCUGGCAGUCAAAAACUACAACAUCCGUAGGAGUGCAGAAUAUAAGGUGGUAGAGUCAGACCAAAGUCGGUAUGUUUGUCGAUGCAAACAGUUCGGGGAUCAAUGUCGUUGGAUGGUACGGGUUGCGAAAACAAGGUCUUCCAGAUUUUGGGAAAUUCGAAAAUACGAAGGGCCUCAUAGUUGUUUGGCAAGUUCAAUGUUUCAAGACCACGCUCAACUUGAUAGCAAUAUCAUCUGCCAGCACAUAUUCCCCAUGGUGCAUGCUGAUGCGACAAUUUGUGUAAAGGUGUUGCAAGGAUCGGUUGAGUCAGCGUACGGGUACAAGGUGUCUUACAAGAAGGUUUUCUGGUCGUUCCCUUCAUGUGUUGAAGCUUUUAGGCACUGUAAGCCGCUGGUGUCAGUGGACGGUACACAGUUGUAUGGUAAGUACGCAGGCACCCUUCUCAUGGGUAUAGCACAGGACGGAAAUAACAACAUUCUACCCGUCACUUUCGCACUUGUCGAAAGAGAGAACGUAAAUUCAUGGUACUUCUUCCUAACCAAUUUGAGGAGACAUGUAGCAACUCGGCCAGGAGUUCUGCUUAUCUCGGAUUGGCAUGCGACAAUAAAGGCUGCAUUGGAGCGCAAAGGAUGUGGCUAG